GAAUUCAUAAUAUAAAAGGUCUAGAAGUUGUCAAAGGGGAAAGUAGACAGAAAGAUGUGGUCAGUUUUGAAAAGAGAUAAACUUAUUUUGUCCAAUUGUAAUCAAUAUACUAUAUUAAAAUUUUGGUUCAGCCUUUUUGUAGGUAGGGAUUUCAAGGAAUUUUUAUGUUACGGACCCUUUUGGUAGUCUGGUGAAACCUAACAACCCUUCUCAUAAGAAUUUUUUUUUCAAUCAUUUUUUUUUUUUUUAAAUUGAAGGAAAUGCCACGUUUCAAUUAGAGGUUAGUAAAAAUCUAUUUCCCCCCCAAGUUCUGGUAAUCCCUGAAAUCUAUCCUUUUAAGGAUCUAAGGAUGUCAAGAACCAAUCUCUAGGGAAAAAAGGGAAAUUAUGAGUACCAUACUUAUAUGGUUUAAUAGAUGGAUAAGUAGUAGGGCGAAAAAGGAAGCAAAAUGCUCCCAAACCACUAAUGCUAACCCCAGCAGGGAGAGGAAGAGGCUUGUAAGUUGCAGAAAUGAGUAGUUUAUCGUUUAAUUUAAUCGAACUAAAUUGUGUAAGGAAGUGAUAGGGAUAAGGAUUGAUACACGGAUCAUCAAGGUGAGGAAAUUCCUUCCACUCGUGCCAAGAAUAAAAAAAGGUCCUGAGCAAUCUUUCCCACUUGAAACAUAAUGAGAGAGGGACGGGAGGGAAGAGGAAGAGUAAAGAAUUUUUUUCAAUGUCAGAAAAGUGGGAAUAAGCAGGAUUUAUUUUACUAAUUUAAUUUACUUACUGAUUUUUAUUUACUUACUAAUUUAAUUACUAAUAAUGAGAGGACUUGAUAGAAUAUUUUUCAUUUGAGAAAUAAAAAGGAAAGGUAGGAUAGGUGAGAGCAGCGGAGUAAGGGCAGGGGUGGAGAAACCACAGUAGCAAAGUAAAGCCGAGGUUCAAGAAGCGGAUGACGAAAACGCCUCGAAUCUGCAUCCCCCGGAUAAAAUUAUAAGAGUACAUCCGGGUAACCCUCCUUUCUUGGUUCACGGUGGCCUCUAGAAGUCAGAAGCCUUAUUGCAGCACAUGCGCAGUCUCUCAAGCCUUCCUUCUGCACUCAGUCCCUCAGAAAGUCUAGCUGCUUUGUCCCGCCAGGCUUUCAAACGCCCGCCUCUCUGAUACUCGCAUCCUGCUUCCUAACGCCGCGCAGGCGCAGGGAGAAAAGCUGCUUGGUGCCCCACUCCAGGCCUUCCCGGGCGCUCCGGGUGCUGGCGUUGGGUCUGGACAGGCAGUUGCAGGGAGAGAGCCGGGUGGUCUGCUUCCGACGGUAGCCCUCGGGACGGAGGCACAGCAGGGUAUCGAAUCGGCGGGGACAGGCGGCGCUGCCGCCCCCCCAGCCGCUGCUCCCCCAGCCCCGCAGCUCACCCUACUGGUCAUGCAGCCCUGCGGCAGCCGGGAGGAGGCGGCAGGGGUGGAAGCGGCAGCGGGCGCCAUCCUGCGGCCGAGCCCCGCUCCUGCGGCCUCGGUUACCCCUACCCCAACCCCAACCCCGACUUCGACCCCGACCGUGACCCCAGUCCCGCGGGGCGGCAGCGCCGCCGAGAACCCUAUGCCCUUGUAUGAAGUGGCGGGAGAUGCGGAGGACGAGGCCGCUGAGGACGAGGCAGACCUCCUAGACACUUCAGACCCACCAGGGGGCGGCGAGAGCACGGCCAGCCCCGAGGAACUGGAAGACGAGGAGAUUCACUCCGGGGGCGAAGGCGGCCGGGCGUCCGCGGGGAUCGCAGGCGGGAGCGGCGGGGGCAGCGUGAGCAAGACGUGCACCUACGAGGGCUGCAGCGAGACCACGAGCCAGGUGGCUAAGCAGCGCAAGCCGUGGAUGUGCAAGAAGCACCGCAACAAGAUGUACAAGGACAAGUACAAGAAGAAGAAGAACGAUCAGGCCUUGAGCUUGGCUGGCACUGGGGCCGCCGUAGGCGCCGGCAGCGGUACGAGCAGCGUCAAGCUCGAGGAAAGCACAGAUGGCUCCUCAUCCACUGGAAAACAAAGAACUGGUUCUAUUGGAGAUCGUCCUGCAAGACCCACUCUCUUAGAGCAAGUGCUAAAUCAAAAACGGCUGGCACUAUUAAGAAGUCCAGAAGUUGUACAGUUUCUGCAGACACAGCAACAAUUACUAAAUCAACAAGUUUUGGAACAAAGACAACAACAACAAUUUCCUGGAGCAUCAGUGUGAAGGGACUAAUUGAGGCUUUCCACAGGUUUAAUAUCUUACUAUACUGGCUGAAGAUAUUUUUAUAUUGAAGAGAAAUAGGUUAUAGCAGUCAAAUAGAGGACAUGGAUAUGAUUGUUAUAAAAUCUUCUAGAAAUACAUAUAUUUGUUUUUUGUGAUGGGUUUUUAGAUUUUGUGGGAAUCUGGAUUUUGAAAGAAUCUGGUCCUACAUUCUAUUUCCAAAACUCCAUUUAACUUUGUUUUUAAAACAUUUUUCAACUUUAAUUUUAAAAAUACCCCCAAAUUUCUCAAAAAGUUAUCAGGCAAAAGAUCAUAAAUAUAUGGUCGUUCUUAAGUUUAUUAUUAAUGAAGGAAAUGAGAUACUUUCUGUGGAAGUUGAGAAAGUAAUAGAUAUUGAUCUUGUAUUGUCUAGCCACUGAGUAUGGCAAGAUAUAGCUUGGACAUUCUUCAGAAGGCCUGUGCUCAGGAAUAAUCUUAUUUAUGCUUUUCUACACACACUUUGAGUUAACAAGGAAAUAAAUAUAGAGUGUGUAUAUACAUAUAUAGGAAGAAGGAUGCUAAUAAUCAGCUGCUCUAUGAGACGGGUGUGCUCCUGACUUCAGAAAUGUCCUACUAUAUCAAAAAAAAAGGACUUCACAAAGGAAAUUGGAAUGAAGAAAAUACAGAAGAAACUGCUUGAUUACCUAAUUGGCUUUGUAUGAGAACUAUUAGAUGUGAUCUCUAUGGAAACAGGUAUUCUGAAGUGCAGAAUUUAUGGUUUAUGGAGAUUGUAUCUGGCUAACUUUGUUUACCAAUUCCCUGAUAAAAUUGGCCCCGGUUUAUUAUUUAUUACUUGAUUUUUUUUUUCCAAUGGAAAAAGUUGAGAAUAGGAGGGAAAAUUCCUAUUUUUUAAUGAAUUAUUUUUUUUAAAAAUGAGUCAUUUCAUGAUUGUUACUAUUAAAUAGAUACCCAAAGAAUGAAGUGAGAUACUUUAAUCCUUUCUUCCUAAGUUAACAAAACUCAAAAUCAUAUCUAAUCAUAGCAUCCAAAAAAAGUAUUACCCCUACACUGUGUACAUCUUCAUGCCAAAUGUGUACUAGACUGGCUUGUUUGGAAAUGUUUGUUUUUUGUAAGAUGGUUUUUAAGCCAUAGUCUGUACAAACAAAGCUCUCUGAUAAGCAUUCAGAAAAUAUUCUUCAUUUUAUAUGUGUAGAUUUUAUAAUUAAAUACUGAUAAAAAAAUAAUAAAAUAAAACUUUGUGUA